UUUAUUGCUGGUGCGUGGUGAACACCCAGCUGUUUACAACCUGCACAACAGGGAUAUGAAAUUACUGAUCGACAUGUGUUUGCAAAUCAAGUACGUAAUUCAGAAACGUAUACAACAACGAACGGUUUUAUGCGGACAAGCGUGCUAUUAAAUGUCCUGUCUAAGUCUGAUUUCCAAGUUUUUAGCCAAGUAAGCGAGGUCUGUCGUCAUCUUCGAUUAAGGCAUCCCUAUGUCUCUGCACUAACUGCUAAAAUGGUGUGACAACUAUAACAGGUCCUUUCUUCAGAGAAGUGGAUACAAACUUUAGUGAAAAUGGCACAAAGCCCUCACAUGUCUGAAUUUGGAGAUGGGGAGGAUCUACAGCAGGAAGAUGACGACAUUUGUCAAGACAACACCAGGAUGGAACCCAACACGCCCGACGUUCAUGACUACCUUGGCCAUGCUACUCGCCUAGACUGGAAGUCUUUGCCCUGUGAGCACUGUGAGAAGUGUUUUGCCAGCCAACAAGGCUUGGAACGACACAUGCAUUGUCACACUUUGAUGAAGAAUAUGCCACAUACAUAUCAAAGCAAGAGGGGGAAAACUGCUUCGGCUGGACUCAGCUCUGUGCAGCCUGAUGAGCAGGUGCCCGAGCAUCAUGCUUGCAGCUUCUGUGAGAAGAGAUUUGUGACAUAUACCAACAAACAACAGCAUGAGAGCACAGUCCACCAGCAGCAUCUGCAAAUUGCACGUGUUGAACAAAGUGAAACGCCCCAAGAGGAAAAUCAUCAGCAGAUAAUCAUCGCAACGUCAAAUCCCGCAGCCGAGCUUGCUACAGAUGUUGUGGAGAAUGAAACGGAACACAUUGGAAACUACAUGCUUGAUGUCUCCAGCAGUGUCUCGCAGAACCUCAGCUUUUACUUUGAUGGAAAAAUAAUGUCAACAAGCACAGUGAGUGGCUGCGAAGCAGCUGAAGUUCAUGCUGCGUGUUCAACUUUGCUCGGACUUGAUGCCCUGAUUGUGGAUCCCUCCCAGUUGAACCUGGGGUUAGGUAUCGAGUCAAUUCUGAGCAACCAAGAUCUGCCGGGUCAAGCGUUUGCUAAGAGAAGAACCGCAACACCUCCUCUUCUACCCCAGAUUCAAACCGAACUAGAAUCAGGGGUGGUGGUAUCGUCGUCACCCUCGGAACUAGUGACGUCGUUUAUAGAAACUCUACUUCCUCAGAAUACAGAGAUUUUACUUGCAUCCCCAAAACCAACCCCUGGGUUUCCGUCCCCCAAGUUGAAUCCGCUCCAAAAAAAGCAGGACACUCAUCUUUUAGAUGGCCAAACACCUUGCACAUCUGUGUCUGCUGCGGCGGGAAGGUUUAAAAGAAGGACAAGCUCUCCACAAAGUUCUCUUCAGCACAACACGACAUCUGACGAGGAAGCAGCAAUGACAGAUACGGAUGAUGAUGCUGUCAUUUCGAUGUCCACGGACACCCAGUACGGCUCUCCCAUGCGGCGGAGUGCCAUUGAAAAUGCGAAGACUACAUCCCAGAAGAUUGAGGAACCUCAAGCGAUUCCUGUUUCAACAGAGAGCUGGCCUCCUGUGACUGUCGACAACUGCUGUAGUCAGCAACCACUGGAUCUCUCCAAUUCAAUGAAACGAAAUAAAGUUGGGACUUCAGAUGACGCCGCGCUGGAUUUGAGUUUGCAAAAAAAGAGCCCCGAAGAAUCUCAGCGGACACCAAAUUUAAUUUUCCCCUCGGAAGAUCAUUUAAAUGCGUGCAUGCAGGAGAGGACCAUUCUGAGUGCUGAAGAGGAAAAUGUAAGUGUGGCAAACCACGAAGCAUCUCUUGUGUCAGACCUCACCAUUGUGACAGGUUCAAAUAUGGUGGACUCUGUCACAGAAGGACUUGUGUAUGGACUUUCGCUCCCCUCCUGUCCUCUGAAUUCUGCACCCGCCACCCUUACCCCUCUCGGUUUCCCACCGGCUUCACCGUGCACCGUAUCGUUUGCACCCCCGGUUCUACCAACCACCCCCUCAUUAAUCACAGUUCUGGCACCGCCACUAUCUAUUCCUAGCCCCUCGAGCCAACCAAUCCAAGUGCUGGCACCAAAUAUAUCAGCAGAGCCGCUGGUACUUUGCACAGAAGGUGGCAUCGAUUCUCCACAUUGUGAUCUAACCUCUGCGUUUGCAGGUACAAAUGCUCCAAACCUUGUCACUCUCUCGCAUCCACUUGACCCUUCCAUAAAUCUACCCGGUCACAUGUUUCUCACCGAUCAAAUCUCUCUUGAUGCGCCAUUACACGAAGACCAAAGCAUGUCCGAGGUGCCGUUCACACCCACUGCAGCGUUAAACGACCCCCUUAUCAACUCGUACAUUACGAGUAACACAGUGCUGAUAGAAUGCACAAUUUCCCUUGAAGCGCCAGGAAAUGUUGCCGCUGAGGUUGGCGUGCAAGACAACACGGAGGCUUCAGUAUCCACGCAGAUGCUUGUUAAUCACAUAGAACAGCAACACAUGCUGUCAUUACCCAACACAACAACGGAGAACCCCACCAUUCUCAUGUCCUCCAUCGAAGAGUCCGUUACAUUGUCGUCAAGCACCUCGGUGAUGCCGGAGUGUCCUGCCGAGGCUGAACCACCACAAGGCCUAGAAGAAGAGGCUACAAAUGCGGAUGAAGAGGAACAUCCUGAAAGAAGGGAUUCAGCGGUGGAAGUCACUACUGACAACUCAAACGAUGUUGAGAAGGUUGAGGAGACAGAACCACCAAGCGACCCGCCAAGCAACCCCCAAAGUGACGAUGCAGCAAGUGACACGGAGCCGCAGACUUUCACCAAGAACUUCAUCUGCAAUGUCUGCAACCUGCUCUUCCACUCAAUGAAAGAACUGGGCCAUCACGUCAGCGACCAUGCUGAGGAAUGGCCCUACAAAUGCGAGUUCUGCGUUCUUCUCUUUGAAAAGCCUUCGGCUUUGCUCGACCACCGGUCAAGCCUACACGGUGUUGACAAGACUUACGUUUGUAGUGCAUGCCCUAAAGACUUUGUUUAUCUUUGCAAUCUGAAACAGCACCAGGAGGAAUUGCAUCCUGCCCAGCAAUGUACAUUCAAGGAAGAGGAAAAGGGAAAAGUCCGACCUCAGAAUUUCAACUACCCCCACAAAACCUCAUUGCCUGAUGUGUCUGAAGAAGUGAAAGAAAGAAGUGAAGUUAAAAAGGAAGAGAAUGAAGUUGACGUGGCUGCUGAAGAAUUGUUUACCACAAUUAAAAUCAUGGCCUCAGAUGGGGGCAAACUCAAAGUGCCUGAUGUCCGUCUUGGCAUUAACCAGCAUUACCCCAGCUUUAAGCCUCCGCCCUUUCCUUACCAUAACAGGUCACCUGCUGGCUCGCAGGCUUCAGCCACAAAUUUCACCACCCACAACAUUCCGCAAACCUUCAGUACGGCUAUUCGGUGCACCAAAUGUGGAAAAAGCUUUGAUAACAUGCCAGAACUGCACAAGCACAUCCUGGCUUGUGCCAAUGCUAGCGAUAAGAGGCGCUACACGCCCAAGAAGAAUCCCAUCCCUCUCCGACACUUUGCGAAAAGCCAGAACGGAGUCCUGUCCACCACCAAUUCAGAAAACGAAAGUAACGCCUCAAACAGAGCCAGCCAGUCCAUCAGGACAGAGUCAUCAGUCAAAUUGAAGUUGAAAUUACUGAACAAACGGAAGCGAAAGCUGGUCCAAAAGGUCAUGCCCCAGAGGAACAAGUCCUUGCCAGACAAAGUGUCCCCUUCCCACGCGCAUGACGACAUGUUUGUUUGCCCUCACUGCAGCAGGGAGUUCACAAUGCGCCGCAGCCGAACCAAGCACAUGGCUGUCUGUCCCAAGAAACCCAGGGAAGCCAGGACAAGGAAAGACGGAGGGAUCUCUGUGACAAAGGAAAACGAUGGAAGACUUCAUAGCGGGGUCUCCCGCACUCACGAGCAACAAGCCUCAGCUCAUCCUAGGACACGACUGCAGACAUCAGGGCCGCCUAAAAGGCCCGCCUCGCCUACUGAACCAACAAGUUUUUUAAACAAGAGACUCAAACUAGCCAUAAAGGAGGAAUCAAAAAAUGACAUUUCCACUUUAAACGAACUUCCUACGGUUCGUACUUUCAACCCUCCUCUUCGUCAGUACACGCGGAUUAAACUCACUUCAGCGAAACAACAAAGUGAGCCCACCGCGCCGAGCCGAGAGGAAGCAACUGCUGCAGGCAGCUCUUUGCAAAGUGCUACAAUUUGAAGACACUAUCUGUCAGGAUGAUGCGCACCCCUGACACUUCUUCACCCAGCGAAGGCUUAAUGUCCAUGACGCUGUACAAGAGAUGACUGAACCGAGGACAGAAAAACAACUGAACUGAAAACAAAUGAACUACUUUUGUGAGUAGAGAGUGUGUGAGAGCUGUGGUAGUUUGGAGUUUAGUACAGUCCUCCAUUUGAUCAACUUUCCGUCGCCAUCCUGGAUUUGCACUUUGAAGUUAAUCUGACAGCAACGUGUUGUCGAGGAAAUGGGGAAGGGUUGAAGCUGAAAGGCCUCUCAUUUCUCGCUUGGCGGGCUACUCGCUGAGGAUGGCAGGCAGCAAUCACUGUCAGCAUGGAUUUGCACUACUUUUUCCUUAUCCGUCGUAUGUUGCCUUUUGUGUGGAAAUUCUUUCCUGCAUGUUUUGUGUUUGUUCUACAGUUGUGUGGUAUUUUAAACAAUGAAUAGGAUUUGCCCUUAAACCUAAGACUUAAAAGUCUAAUCUGUGGACAGAGCACACAAGUAUUACAGCUUCUCUUGAACGUUUUUUAGCUUACGUGUACUGUUGGAAACAUGAGAAGAAUUAUUGAGAAUGUUUUUUUUGUGGUGGGGCGGGCGUGGGGUUAAUGAGAGAAAAGCUGAGUAAAUCCCAUCGGUCUCCUUCCUGUGUAUCGAUAUGAAGGUUUUCAGAAAAUUUUGAUCGCUAAUAUUUCUGCCAUUAAUUGCAAAUGGUCUGUGGCGUACAAAUUGAAGAUAGAAGAAUUUCAGAAGUGGUGAAAAUCAGGACUGUGCUACUAUCGUAAUAAUGUAAUACGGUAUAGGUUUUGUCUUUUUUUUUUUUUUUAAAGUAUUCGUCAACUGUAGAAUACAAGCAUCCAUAAUUACUGUUGUUGUAACAUUUUAUUGUACUACUCUCAAUUGUAAUGUGAAUGCAAAAUGCUAAGGUAAAUUUGUUUAGUUUUGAAAAUGACUGUUGAAGAUUUCAUCUAAUCUCAUCUGCAUAAAUAUUCAUAAACUACUAGUUUAAACAGGGUACUUAAGUAAUUACAGUAUAUCUCUAUCAAAUCCUUUUUAACUUGUGGGAAUUAAAACACGUGAGAGAGUAAUUUUUUCUAAAAUAUAUAACUUUUGUCUCUGCAAUUCUUGUAACUCUCCUACAGACUGCAUUGUGUUGGAUGUACAGGGUGUAAGGGGGACUGCUGUUUGACUGUGAACGUUUGUGUAGCAUUUCAAAAUAGAAAUGGUCAUGUAUAUUUAUUAUUAAUUUAAAACCAUGAAAUGAUAUUGAAGUCGGAAGAUGAUUUGCACUUUUUUUUUCUCCCCUCAAGCGUGUGGCCAAAAUAAAUGCAGAAUGUCUAAAAACUGUUUGUAUAUUUAUUUGCAAGCAGAUGCUCGAACAAGUUAUUUGAGAAAUCAACAACAAGGGGGCGCACUUCUCUCACACCAACCAAAGACUGUAAUCGUUGCACGAGAUUAUUGAAUAGACAUGAUUUUGUAACAGCACUGAAGGUCUGUCUCCUCACUCUCUUUCUCCCCCCAACACACUCUGGAAAUAUCCGUUUUAAAAAAAGAUUUUAUCCGACUUAAAUCUACAAAUGCAUUCUAUAGUUGUCAACUUUGCAGAUUAAAAACUUAAUUGUGAACUAAA